CAACCUCCUUUCCUUCUAACUCCGCCCCCUUUCUAACCUACACGUGGUGCCGUGAUUGCGUCACUGUUGUGUUCGGCGGCGCGCGCAGGGAACGGCGGGGUCUGGGCUGCUGGUUCCUGCGUUCCCGAGCAUGCGGCGGGGGCGAGAGCCGCGCGGCCCCGGACAGUCGGUGCUGAGUAAAUUCUUCCGGCCGGUGGGGUCCCUGCGCGUAGCCGGGUCCUCAGCCGGCUCCGCGGCGAGCGGCGGCGGCGAUGGGCUCCAGGCUGCGGCUCCGCACACGACUUCUAAGUCUGGCAGAAAUAAGAGAAGAGCUGUUGAAAACAAUGAACCUAGUAAAAAGAGGACAAAACCAGUACAAACUAAUAGAAAGGAAGGCCAUGAUGCAGUGAAGAUUCUUGAUGUUGAAGAGCCUAAGAAAUGUGCCAGGCCCUGCAUAUGUGUGAAAACAUUAAACAAACUGAGAGAAUUCUGCAGUGAUUCAAAGCACCCAUGUAACAGAGUCCAGGUGGAUACUUUACAAGGGAGUCAAUCUGUGCACUUGGAAAAAUGUCCGACUUUUGUGGAAAGAAACCUGGAAAUGAACAGUGCUCUUCAUUCUCAGGACACAGGUUCUCAGGUCAGUGAGAAGGAACAGUCAUCCUUUAGUCUUAAUCAAUUUUCAGCAUCAUGUAAGAGUUUUGAAGGCUCUCAAAAUAUUUCUAAUACAAACCUCCUUAAUAAAAGAACCAAAAGCAUAUACACUCCACUAGAACUCCAGUUCAUAGAAAUGAAAGAACAGUAUAAAGAUGCUAUUUUGUGCGUGGAAUGUGGAUAUAAGUAUAGAUUCUUUGGAGAAGAUGCAGAGAUUGCAGCAAAGGAACUAAACAUUUACUGUCAUCAGGAUCACAAUUUUAUGACGGCCAGUAUACCAACUCACAGACUAUUUGUUCAUGUACGGCGACUUGUAGCAAAAGGAUAUAAGGUGGGAGUUGUAAAACAAAUGGAAACUGCAGCACUGAAGGCUGCUGGAGAAAAUAAAAGCUCUCUAUUUACUCGAAAACUGACUGCUCUCUAUACCAAAUCUACACUUAUUGGAGAAGAUGUGAACCCCUUGCUGAAGCUAGAUGAUCCUGUAGAUGUUGAAGAAUUAACAGCUGAUGUUUCCGAUAACUAUCUUCUUUGUAUCUGUGAAAAUAAAGAAAGCUUAAGAGACAAGAAGAAAGGGGAUGUUGUCAUAGGCAUAGUGGCAGUCCAACCCACUACGGGGGAAGUAGUUUUUGACAGUUUUCAGGACUCCGCAUCUCGCUUAGAAUUAGAGAGUCGAGUUUUGCGCCUGCAACCAGUUGAAUUACUGCUUCCAUCAGACUUGUCGGCUCAAUCUGAGAGGCUCAUCAGCAGCAUAACCUCUGUAAGUUUACGAGAUGACAGAAUUCGAAUAGAAAGGAUGGAAAGCAUUUAUUUUGAAUACAGCCGUGCUUUCCAGCUGAUGACUGAUUUUUAUGCAAGAGGAGUGCUUGAUACCACAGGUUCUCAACAACUGUCUAUAAUCCUAAACUUGGAUAAGCCUGUGAUUUGCUCUUUGGCAGCAGUAAUUAUGUACCUCAAAGAAUUUAAUUUGGAAAAGAUACUUUACAACCCGAGUAACUUUAAACAGUUAUCAAGUGAAGCUGAAUACAUGACAAUUAAUGGGACAACACUGAAAAAUCUGGAAAUCUUACAAAAUCAGACUGAUAUGAAAACAAAAGGCAGCCUAUUGUGGAUCUUGGAUCAUACCAAAACUUCCUUUGGACGUCGGAAACUAAAGAAAUGGGUGACACAACCUCUUAUGAAAUCCAGUGAAAUAAAUGCCCGACUUGAUGCUGUGUCUGAAAUUCUCCUGUCAGAAUCCAGUGUGUUUGGUCAUAUUCAAAAUCAUCUGUGUAAGAUGCCAGACAUAGAGAGAGGACUCUGUAGUAUUUAUCACAAAAAGUGUUCAACCCAAGAGUUCUUCUUGAUAGUCAGCACUUUGUCUCGCCUGGAGACAGAACUCCAAGCACUGUUUCCAGCUAUACGUUCCCAAGUGAAAGCUCCUCUACUGCAGAUGGCCCUCUUGGAAAUUCCUGAGCUCCUUUGCCCCGUGAAACAUUACUUAAAGAUACUUAAUGAAGAAGCGGCCAAAACUGGAGAUAAAACCCAAUUGUUCAAGGAUCUUACAGACUUCCCUACUAUCAGAAAGCAGAAGGAUGACAUUCAGAAGGUGAUUUCCCAGAUCCAAUUUCAUCUGCAAGAAAUACGACAAAUGAUAAAGAACCCUUCUGCAGAGUAUGUUACAGUAUCAGGACAAGAGUUUCUGAUAGAAGUCAAGAAUUCACUCUCAUCCUCUGUACCCUCGGAUUGGGUUAAGGUUGGUAGCACAAAAGCUGUCAGCCGUUUCCACUCUCCUUUUAUUGUAGAAAAUUACCGACAUCUGAAUCAGCUCCGGGAGCAGCUAGUCCUUGACUGCAAUGCUGAAUGGCUAAAUAUUUUAGAUCAUUUUAGUGAAUAUUAUCACUCUGUGUUGAAGGCGGUUAGUCACCUAGCAACUGUUGACUGCAUUUUCUCAUUGGCCAAGGUUGCUAAACAAGGAGCCUAUUGCAGACCAGUUGUGCAAGAUAAAGGGAAAAAAAUAAUUAUAAAAAAUGGCAGACACCCUGUGAUUGAUGUAUUGCUAGGAGAACAAGAUCAGUAUGUUCCAAACAGCACCAACCUAUCCGGUGACAAAGAAAGGGUAAUGAUAAUUACUGGACCCAACAUGGGUGGAAAGAGCUCCUAUAUAAAACAAGUUGCACUGAUCACGAUCAUGGCACAGAUUGGUUCCUAUGUUCCUGCAGAGGAGUCCACAGUUGGAAUUGUGGAUGGUAUUUUUACCAGAAUGGGUGCUGCAGACAACAUAUACAAGGGUCGGAGUACUUUCAUGGAGGAACUAACAGAUACAGCAGAGAUAAUAAGAAAAGCAACCUCAAGUUCACUAGUAAUAUUGGAUGAACUGGGGAGAGGAACUAGCACACAUGAUGGAAUUGCUAUUGCCUAUGCUACACUUGAACAUUUUAUCAGAGAUGUGGAAUCAUUGACACUGUUUGUCACUCACUACCCCUCGGUAUGUGAUCUAGAAAAGAUCUACCCAGAGUCAGUUGGGAACUACCACAUGGCCUUCCUGGUGAAUGAAGAGGAAAGUGAACAACAAAAAGGAUCUGAAGAUGAAGAGAAUCCUGAAUUUAUCACUUUUCUUUAUCAAACAACUAGAGGAGUUGCUGCAAGGAGUUAUGGACUAAAUGUUGCUAAACUAGCAGAUGUUCCUGAAGAAAUCUUAAAGAAGGCAGCUCACAAAUCAAAAGAGCUUGAGGGAUUAGUGAAUAUGAAAAGAAACAGGCUGAAAUCUUUUGCCAGAAUAUGGAAUAUAAAUAAUUCCCAGGAACUACAAGAAUGGAGUAGUAUGUGUGAAACUGGAGAUGAAUGGAUAGACCAUUUUUAAUGCUUCAGUUCCUACCUAUUUGAAGCCUGUAGUAAUUAACAAAAUAUAAGCAAUUCAAAAUAUACUACUGUACAGAGUAAUGUAUUUGAACAAUGUGCAAUUUCAUAUACGUAAGUGGACCGUAUAUCUAUUGGGAGGUUAACUUUUGAAAAUAAGGAACAUUAUAAUAUACUUCAUAUUUAAUUUUUAAAAAGAGGCUCAUUUUAUUAAAAAAAAAAGUGCAAAGCAACUAGUUGCAUUUGAUAAAGUUUACAGUGUGAUUAGAAAAUAUGAAUAAUUAUGUUUGUAAAUUGUU